CCUCGUGUUGGGACGGUGCUGAAGUACUUUCCUUAAAUUUUUGCUUAUUUUCUUGGAAAAUAGUGAUAAUAUUCAUUCAAAAUGAGUUUGUACAAUUUUAAGAAAAUUAUGGUGGUGCCGCCGGCAAAGGCCUUCAUCGAUAUUAUGCUUUCCAAGACACAGCGGAAAACUCCGACUGUGGUUCAUAAGCACUACAAAAUCAGCCGCAUUCGAGCGUUUUAUAUGAGGAAAGUUAAAUAUACCCAGCAGAAUUUUCACGACCGUUUGUCUCAGAUAAUUCAGGAUUUUCCUAAACUGGAUGAUGUGCAUCCGUUCUAUGCCGACUUGAUGAAUGUGUUGUACGAUAAAGAUCACUACAAACUGGCUCUGGGACAGUUAAAUACGGCUCGUCAUUUGAUUGAUACUGUUGCAAAAGAUUAUGUACGGCUGCUUAAAUUUGGUGACUCGCUGUACCGCUGUAAGCAGCUGAAAAAAGCCGCGUUAGGUCGAAUGGCCACUAUAAUGAAACGUCAAGCUUCAAAUUUAACCUACCUGGAGCAGGUUCGACAGCAUUUAUCCCGUUUACCUUCGAUUGAUCCUUACACACGCACUAUUAUUAUUUGCGGAUUUCCCAAUGUGGGCAAGUCUAGCUUCAUCAACAAAGUUACUCGGGCCGAUGUGGAAGUGCAACCGUACGCGUUUACCACGAAAAGCUUGUACGUCGGUCACAUGGACUACAAGUAUCUUAGAUGGCAAGUUAUUGAUACGCCUGGAAUUUUGGAUCAUCCUCUGGAGGACCGGAACGUCAUCGAAAUGCAGGCAAUCACAGCCAUGGCUCAUCUAAGGGCCUGUAUAUUAUACUUUAUGGAUGUUUCCGAGCAAUGCGGACAUUCGAUUGAAGAGCAGGCUAAAUUGUUUGACAGUAUCAAGCCACUUUUUGCGAAUAAACCGCUUGUGCUGGUUCUAAACAAAACAGACAUUCUUACGCUGGAUGAGUUGGAUUCGGAGAAGAGGAAAAUUAUAGAGCAAUUGACCGAUGAAGCAGAAGAAAUUCCUAUCCUGCAGAUGUCAACAGUUACGGAAAAAGGAGUGAUGGAAGUCAAAACCGAAGCAUGCGAGCGACUUCUGGGCUACAGGGUGGAUCAAAAACUAAAGGCUAAGAAAAUCGAAGGUGUUUUGAACAGACUACAUGUAGCUAUUCCAGAAAAACGAGACGAAAAGGAACGGCCACCCUGCAUACCGGCUGCCGUGUUGGCUGCCCGGGCUGCAAAUGCUGAAAAGAUUGCUCGACGUCAGCGCAAGCUUGAGAAGGAAAUCGAACAAGAAAUGGGUGAUGAGUACACGCUGGAUCUUAAGAAAAAUUACACAGAAAUUGCAGAGGAUGAGCGGCACGAUGUUAUUCCUGAAUUUAUGAACGGUGUCAAUAUUGCCGAUUAUAUCGAUGCAGAUAUAUUCGAAAAGCUGGAAGAGCUCGAGCGUGAAGAAGGCCUCCGUAUGGAAUCUGGUUUCUAUGAUCCACCACCUCUUAACCUGGAUGAAACAUUGCUGGAAAUCCGUGAAAUGGCUAAACAGAUUAGGCUCAAACGGUUUCUUCUUAAGGAUGCUCGUAAACUGCAGCAAAAGAGUGGUCGCCCCGUUAUGCCUCGACACAAGCAAGCCACUGUACGCGAUCGAAAGGUGGAUAACUUACGUAAAACGAUGGAAAAUCUUGGCGUCGAUAUGGCAGGAACUGAGGACACAAACUUUGCCAAGAACCAAGUUAGUUUGCGACGCAGUAUGGUGCCAGCCGUUGGUGGGCCCAAAACACCCAAGAAAGAUCACGAGUCGACGGCCAUCGUUAAGGCUACCGGCCAACCUAUCAAACGGAAAACGCCAGGACAUGAGCUGGGCAUCAAGAGUGUCAUGCUUAAAAAGAAGGCCAUCGUUAUGGCUAAACACGACAUCGCUAAGAAGGUGACCAAAAUGUCGCGCAAGGGAGAAGCUGACCGACACAUACCAGAUUUGAUGCCGAAACAUCUCUUUGCGGGCAAACGAGGGGCUGGCAAGACAGAUCGCCGUUAAUAUCUAAUUCGUUUAUGACUUCCGGUAUACUUUUACUUUGUGUCAAUAUAUUAAGGAGUUUCCAUACAAACUGUUUAUGGAAUUUAAGAAAUUUAUUGCGAUGUAUGUUGAAAUAAACAACUUUAUCUGAAAAGAUUUGUGAC